AUGGCGUCGCAGAAAGAGGCGCGAACUCCCGUGGACCACGUCGCGAGGCUUUCUGGGGAACUGAGGUGUCAGAUCCCGAACGAGGAGGAGGAACGGGAGGGCGGCGCGGCGCCAGAGGUGGCUACUCCGGGUUCGGAGGCAGACGGCGCUAGUGCGGACGGGCUGUGGAAGCUACCAGUGGAGCCCGCCGAACGGAGGCCUGAGUGCAGCCGCUGCAGCCGACCUCUGAAAGUAUGCUUAUGUCCAUUUCUACCAGUGCAUCCUCUACACAUCUCUACCAAUUUGUACAUAAUUCAGCACCCAGCAGAGGAAAGCAAAGUGUUGCGAACAGUUCCUCUUCUGGCAGCAUGUCUCCCGCAGGAAAAAUGUAAAGUCAAGAUUGGUCGUCGCUUCAGUGAAGAAAGGGAUCCUGAACUUACAGCUGUUUGCCAAAAAUCUGGUACAUUAAUACUCUAUCCAGGGGCGGAAGCUACUAAUUUGGAAGAAUUUAUAAUAGAUUCUCCUAUUUACCCAUCCACAAUUAUUAUCAUUGAUGGUACAUGGAGCCAGGCUAAGGAUAUUUUCUAUAAGAAUUCCUUAUUCCGAGUUCCCAAACAGGUGCAGUUAAAAACCAAUAUAUCUAGUCAAUAUGUAAUUCGAAUGCAACCAACUAAUAAUUGCCUGUCUACAUUGGAGUGUGCAGCUGUUGCUCUUUCCAUCUUAGAGAAAAAUAACUACAUACAAGAGAUUUUGCUUCGACCUCUUCAAGCUUUAUGCUCUUUCCAGCUUCAGCAUGGUGCUCAAAUUCGCCUCAGCAAAGAACAUCUUCUGAAAAGUGGAUUAUAUCCUAAACCUAUGCCAAAGAACAAGCGCAAACUCAGGAAAAUGGAACUGCUAAUGAACAGUGUUAAGAUUUAGAAGAAUUAUCUUAUGGUGCUAGUUUGUUUACCUGUCUUUAGCUGACAGUACCAUAUUAGGUUUGACUCUCUUAGGUUUUUAACUAUUUACAAGAAUGAGAGUUGCAUACUAAUUUUGCCCACAAAAAGGAACUAAACCAAAUAGCCAUAAAAUAAAACAGAACUUCACUGGUUCUGUGAAAUGCAGAUCUCAUACUUAUAGUUGCUUUUUUAAAGUGUGCCUCUGAUACUUUUUGUUUUUCAAAUCCAUAUUUUUUAAAUGUGAUUGGUAGCUGAGCUGGGUUAGAAAUUAUUAUUUACAAAACAGAAGGAAAUUGCUGUGCCUAAUUGAAGUAGGAUUGUUUUUACUAAUGUUUAUUGGUAAUUAAGUAGAGAUGUAUAUUAGAGAUUACCUGCAUUAACUUUGCAAGUUUGUUCAUGAACUUUAUGAUGUGAAAUCAGUAACGGAAGAAAGGGAUAAUCAAGUCUUUAGAUUGAACUUGGUUGUUUCAAUGAAAUAAAACAAUUAUGAAAUUAAGUACUCUUUAGGGACUAAAUUUGAAUUCAGCUGAUAAGAUUUAAAUUCUCUACUAGUGAAUAUAAUUCUGAAAUAGCCACAUUUUUCAUCUGCAAUCCCUCUGAAUAAAUAUUUAUUUUCCAAUAUUCAUUGAAAAAGUUUACUGGCUUAAUGACAAUUGAUAAAGUGUAAUUGAAAUUUUCAUCUAAAUGACUUAAUUAGAACAUAAUACAAUUGUAAUUUUGGAAACAUAUGAGGGGACUUCCAAAAUUUGUGUGAAAAUUCCAUUAUAUUUUUAUUCCAUUUUCCCAAGAACAUUUUGAAGCCCUUCAUAUGUUUUCAAAAUUACACCUACUUUUUUUCAAUUGACAAGAAAUUUCAAUUUGAGAGAAUAAAAUUUUUCUCACUUUGGCAAAUAUUAAUUAAGAGGUUGUAUAGAAUAAAAGAUAUAUAGGAGGAGGGUUUCAGAAAGUUCAUGGGGGUGAAAAAGUUCUUGGAACAAUGGAAUAAAGAGAUCUUGAGAUUUUUCCACGAGAUUUUGAAGCCCUCUUGUUUAUAGUUAAUGUACAUUUAUCUUUAAUUUACAUUACUGCAAUUGCUGUACACCCCCUUUUUGGGUGUGUGUGUGCAAGAAGAGGUCUCUUUGUUUUGUUCUUUAUCACUUCUGUAAUUUCCCUAACCCAGUCCUACAUUGUAAGGAUAUAACUAUGUUAUUUAAGAUUAAACUUGGGUUGUGUGGAAUAAUAAGAAUGUAAACAUAGUUAUUUCUCACAGAUUAAUAUAAUUUUGUGUAUUAAUAAUAUUUGUGUAUUUUUCACCUGGAUUAUAUCCUUAUUAAAAUCUAUAAAACUGGUCACAAUUAGAAUGCUAAUGAAUGUUGGGAAGUUUUGUAGAAAAAUAUGUAAAAAUAUUAAAUUAAAGUUAUAGUUCUUU